ACAGACAGCAGCUCAACAUUAAAACCAUUGCAGAGCACAGAAGUGAUGGAAGAUAGUUCAUCACCAGCAACAUUAACAACAGAAGAAAGAACAACAAAACCACCUACUCCUCCAGAUGUUGAAUCUGUAAAAGUGGUAACACGGAAUGAAAGCAGCAUAACUCUGCAGUGGGACCAGGUUAAUAACAUCUCAACAUACAGACUGAUGAAUGAAAACACUGGCAGUACUGAGGAUGUAAAUGUCACUCUUGGAGCAGUAACAUAUGUGGUGUCUGGUCUGACUGCUGGGACUAGAUACAAUUUCACUCUUUUCACUGUGUUCAAUGAAGUCAUGAGCUCUGGAUAUUUCUUUACUGCUGUGACAACUCCUGAUAAUGUUAAAAAUGUAAGAAAGAUGACCCAGAAUGAAAACAGUGUAACUCUGCGGUGGGACCAGGUUAAUAACAUCUCAACAUACAGACUGCUGUAUGAAAACACUGGCAGUACUGAGGAUGUAAAUGUCACUCUUGAAGAUAAAUCAGUAACAUAUGUGGUGUCUGGUCUGACUCCUGUGACUAAAUACAAUUUCACUCUUUUCACUGUGUUCAAUGAAGUCAUGAGCUCUGGAUACUUCUUUACUGCUGUGACAACUCCUGGAAAUGUAAUAAAUGUAACAGUUGUGGCACAGACCGAAAGCAGUGUAACUCUGCAGUGGGCCAAGGUUGAAGAUAUCCUAACAUACAUACUGCAGUAUGAAGGCCAUGGCUUUAAUGAGAGCAAGAAUGUCACUGCAUCUUCUGGAGAUCUAUCAGUGGAAGUUGUGGUCUCUAAUCUCACUGCGGGGAGAGAAUACACUUUUAUUGUUUUCACUGUGUUUGAAGGGCUCUACAGUACUGGAUACUCAUUUCUUAAUGUCACAGCUCCUUUUGACAUUAAACAUGUAACAGUUGUGACCCAGAAUGAAAGCAGUAUAACUCUGCAGUGGGUCAAGGUUGAAGAUAUCUUAACAUACAGACUGCAGUAUAAAGGCUAUGGCAUCAGUGAAGAGAAAGACGUCAAUGCUUCUUCUGAGGACUCGGUGAAAGAAGUGGUCUUUGGUCCGACUUCUGGGAGAGAAUACAAUUUCAUUGUUUUUACUGUAUUCAAAGGAGCUAGCAGCUCUGGAUAAACAACUUCGGCUGAAUUUUUCUUUUGUUCAGUUCCUCCAAAGGUGUCCUCAGUCGAUGUUUCAGGACGCUCUCUGAAGAGUGCAAAUCUAACGUGGGAGAAUCCAAGAGCCGACUGGAAAUACAUCCUUGAAACUAACGGCACUGAUGUGUCAAUUGAAGAGAAUAUGUCAUUAAAUUCUGUGUCGUACUCGGUGUCGAACCUGCAGCCUGGAACUCUGUAUUCAUUCAGCGUCAUCACACAGUUCUCUGACCUCAACAGCGCUGCUUAUAAUGGUUUCAUUAUAACUAAAAUAGACUGUGAGCGCGUAAUGUGGCACGUUACGAACACAUCGAUCCAGGGAACAGUUGAAGGCCUGUUCUCAGAUGCAUCUGCCACUAAUAAAUCUAAAAAUCACACCAGUCCUGCAGGCAGAAACGUGCUGUUCACUGACCUCUAUCCUGGUGCAACUUAUGAGAUUAUUCUCAAGUAUAAAAUGAAUUCCAAACAUCUUCAACAGUGUGUAAAAAAUCCCAAAGUGACCAUUUCCCCUCCUUGGUUAAGUGGUCACUGUAGAAACUGGGCUUCAGGUUAUUCUGCUCUUAUAACCUGGAAUAAGCCAGAUGGUGUGUGGACGAAUGUCAGAGUUAACAUGACCGACCAGUCUCACCUGUUGGAUGGAACACUGAACCAGGUCGUCAUAAAUGGACUUCAACCUGCCAAAACAUACAAAGUGUCUUUAGUUUCGCUGUCUGGUGACCGAAGUUCUGAUCCGUCUGUUUUCUUUUGUGAUACUGACAACAAAGGAGUCAUUGCAGGGUUCGUGAUGGGGAUUCUGAUUUUUGUUCUCCUUGUUUGUGUGGCUGUUUUCAUUUUCUUCAAAAGACCAGAUAUUAUCAGCAGAAAGAAAUCGUCCGUUGCUGGAUCCAAAAAAGCUGGAAAAAAGCGGAAGGCUAUUCCUGUAGCUAAGUUUCAAGACCACUUCCAUCAGCUGAGUUCGGAUGAAAACAGAGGCUUCAGUCAGGAAUAUGAGGAUCUGUCUCCUGUCGGCACAGAUCAGACACGCAAGGCAGCGACUCUUCCAGAAAACAAAGUGAAGAAUCGAUUCACCAACAUCCUGCCCUAUGACUGGAGUCGAGUGAAACUGAACACAUCAAGUCCCAACGACAUCUUGGACUACAUAAAUGCCAGUUACAUGCCAGGCUACAACAGGAACAGAGAGUAUAUUGCCUCUCAGGGACCUCUGCCCUCAACAGUCAAAGAUUUCUGGACAAUGAUUUGGGAGCAAAGAGUUAACGCUGUUGUCAUGGUAACCAACUGCACUGAAGCAGGACGAAUCAAGUGUGAAUGUUACUGGCCUGAAGAGCUGAAGAGGUCGAGUCUUUAUGGAGAACUGUUGGUCACUUUGAAAUCUGAACAAAAGGAGUCCAACUGGACACUGAGGCAGUUUGGAGUGAAAAAUAGAAACAACUCCGAGGAACGCACAGUGAAACAUUUUCACUUCACUGCCUGGCCUGACCAUGGAGUCCCUCAGGGCACUGAAGUCCUGAUCAAGUUCAGAGGUCUCGUGAGACGGCACAUAGAGAGUGAAGGCUCUAACGCUCCAACGGUGGUUCACUGCAGUGCUGGAGUGGGGAGGACAGGCACCAUCAUCGCCCUGGAUGUGCUGCUGCAGCAGCUGGAGAGAGACAAAUCUGUCAACAUCAACGCUUUUGUCCACCGGAUGAGAGAGCAUCGAUCCCACAUGGUGCAGACUGAGUCCCAGUAUGUUUUCCUCCACCAAUGCAUCAUGGACAGCCUGCAGCAGAACGAGAAGCAGGAAGAAAACCUUUACGAGAACACAGAUUUGAUAUAUGUCAACGCCACUCCCCUCAGAGAGUUCCACAACCAAAUGAAUCACACAUGAACGAGUCUCAAGCCUGCACUGUCAUUUUGCACUUAAUGACCA